CGGGGGGCGGCACGUGGGAGCCUCCGCUGGCGGCCGCGGACCCUUCCCGGGGCGGGGAGGGUUCCCGCGUCCCCCCGGUGCCAACGGCGGAGCUGCCGGGGCUCCCGCGGUCACCCCGCCGACCUCCUGAGCUCCGGCUGGGGCGGAGCGGAGUCACCGGUGGGGCUGUGACCGACUGAGGUGUCCGGAGCUGCACAGCCCAGCGGGGUUUUCUUAGCACCGGUACGAAGUUCCCCGGCACAGCGGGUGUCCCGGGCUGGUCCAAGGGCUGCGAUGUACCAGGUAGCUGUGAAGUUGGCACGGAUGGCAGCCGCUGUCAGAGAGAACGCAGCAACCUCCCUGGUGAAGGCGGCAGAGGCGCCCACAGUGCGUGCACAGCUCUGAAGCACUAGAUGAAGAGGGUUUGCUAUUGAAGCAGAUUGCUCACAGAGGCUUCCAACAGAAAACUGCACCACGACGCCACCCCAGCAAGACGCCUGCAGGCACGAGUUCCGCUUGAAAUGGCCAUGUUCUACUAGCCCUGCCAUGACAGCAUUUUUUCCCAGUGUUCCCAACUGGAUUCAAGAUGCAAAGCAGGAGGAAGAAGAGACGGGCUGGAAAUUAGUCCCCAGAGCAAGAGGAGAAGAGACCGAAAGUCAGGGAAAAUGCCAGUGUGAAAUAUCGGAGAGCUCCUUCCCUACUGCGGACAAGCUGAGAACUCACCCGCUCUCGCACCCGGAGCAGAGGCCGUACAACUGCCCGCAGCUGCACUGCGGCAAAGCUUUCGCCUCCAAGUACAAGCUGUACAGGCACAUGGCCACGCACUCUGCUCAGAAGCCUCACCAGUGUAUGUACUGUGAGAAGAUGUUUCACCGGAAGGAUCACCUACGCAACCACCUGCAGACCCACGACCCCAACAAGGAGGCUCUGCACUGUCCUGAGUGCGGCAAGAACUACAACACCAAGCUCGGCUUCAGGCGCCACCUGGCCAUGCACGCGGCUGCCAGCGGUGACCUCAGCUGCAAGGUGUGUCUGCAGACGUUCGAAAGCACCCAGGUCCUGCUGGAGCACCUCAAAGCUCACUCUAGGCGGGCUUCUGGCGGAGCCAAGGAAAAGAAGCAUCCGUGUGACCACUGUGACAGGCGCUUCUACACCCGCAAAGAUGUGCGGAGACACUUGGUUGUGCACACGGGGCGGAAGGACUUCUUGUGCCAGUACUGUGCCCAGAGGUUUGGGCGCAAGGAUCAUCUGACCAGGCACAUGAAGAAAAGCCACUCCCAGGAACUGCUGAAGAUUAAGACAGAGCCGGUGGACAUGCUGGGGCUCCUGAGCUGCAGCUCGUCUGUGGCGGUGAAAGAGGAGCUGAGUCCCGUCCUGUGCAUGGCAUCCAGAGACGUGAUGGGUGGGAAGAGCUUCCCUGGCAUGUUGCCUGUGGGCAUGUACAGCACACACCUCCAAACCAUGCCCAGCUCAGGGAUGCCCCAUUCGCUGGUUCCUAAUUCUCUUCCCAUGGGAAUGAGCUACCCUCUGGAGUCUUCUCCCAUCUCCUCCCCACCGCAACCUCCUCCAAAGUAUCAGCUUGGAUCUACCUCAUAUUUGCCUGAGAAACUACCCAAAGUAGAGGUGGACAGCUUUCUGUCGGACUUCCCUGGCAGCCUGUCUCUCUCAGCUGGUGAGCCUCAGUCCUCUUCGCCUCAGCCACCCCCCCUGGAUGAGGCUUUGCUUUCCAAGAGCCCUGCGAACCUGUCAGAGGCUCUCUGUGCUGCUAACAUGGACUUCUCUCAUCUUCUUGGCUUCCUCCCCCUCAAUCUUCCUCCUUGCAAUCCCCCUGUAUCGUCAGGGGGAUUGGUCAUGGGCUACUCACAGGGGGAGACACAGCCACUGCUCACCACUUUGCAACAUCAACCUCAAGAAUCUCCCGGAGCUGGGGCCUCACUGAACUUUGGGCCCCUUCACUCAUUGCCCCCUGUCUUCACCUCCAGCUUGAGCACAACCACACUGCCACGGUUCCACCAAGCGUUCCAGUGAGCUGAAAACAGCGCUGGAGAACAGAUCUUUCAGUCACCGUUUUGUGGAAAGCCUUAAAAACGCACAACUCUUCCUUCCCUUUGGGGUUCGAAAGCUUUGCAAAGCUGUUUCAGACGGGAGGUUUCUGAUCUCUGGAGGGAGCACUUGUAGACUGGAACAGCAGAUAUCCCCGUGCAAGUCCCAGUCCUGUACAGCAAAAAGAUUUCAGCUAAUAGACUGGAUAUAUUUUAUCUAAUUUUUAAUCUGUGAAUCAGGAGCCGCGCUUAGCACUGACCUUCCCUGAGAUCCCGAAGUGAUGUUCCUCUUUGGGAAGGGACUGUCCCUGAGAAGGAGUUGAGACUCACUCAUCUUGGGCUAAACUUCUGAAGAGUCCAGCUUCCAUUUCAUGUUCUCACACUGCAAUUCUGGCGAACCAGCCAAUACCUCCCCACGGAGAAGGAGGAGCAGUCAAGAUUCCCGCUCUGUAUGAAGCCAAUGGGGAAGGGGCUCCCCUUCCCCACUACCUCUCCCCACCACCUCGCACCACUUUCUCCACCCAACGCAGCUUACUCCACAUCAGUGUUAAGCACCAAGACCCGUUUACAUAGCAAUUUCAGAGACAUCACCUCAUUCAUCCUUGCAGAGCCGUUAAACUCAUCACAGUGAACAUUGUUUACACAGCACAAAUCUGUUUCCACCAGUACAAACAUAGGAGGCACCAGAAUACACUGGGUUUAUGUCUGGUGUAGCUAGAACACUGUUUACACAAUGAAGUCAGGUUGCACUGAUUUCUCUUCACAUAUCAUGUUCUUCCCCCAUGGGGAAAUACACUUUUGCUUUUCGGACCAGUUCAGCCUCUGCCACUGUAGGCAGCAGCUUCCUGCUGUUCUCUCUGGUUACCCACGUGUCGAGGGGACGGAGCAGCUCCGGCAGCUUUGCUCAGGUUUGCGGUGUGCAGGUAGAGCCCUUUACGUAUCUCCCACAGGCAAACAGGUCGUGCGUCUGUUCUCAAAACCAAAGCGCAUGACAAAGCUGGGUCAGGAGCUGGGGCGGCAGCGACGAAUCCUGUCACAGCAGGAUGGACAAGUUCGGGCUGAGGCUCCUGCGCUGGAGGUUCCUGUGGGAUGAGGAACAGAGCACGAGUUUCUAGGUUGUUUUUACCACAACAGUUCAGUGAGGUCAGUACCUUUUGCCUUAUCCACAAAGCAGUCUCAAGAGAUUAUUUUUACCUCUGUCCUGGGGUGAUAACAUCCAGGAAUUGGGGGGGGAAUAUUGGUCCCAGCUUCAUGUACAUUCUGCCAGUGUAUUUGAAGCGCUUGCCCCAACACUAAUAGUGCUCACAAACGCAGAGGGUUUCGGUCUGCGUCACCCCGUCACUGCAGAUUUGGGUCCACUGGCCUUUUUGUUGUUCUCUCCUUUUUGAGCUUUGCCUCCCGAAGUUCAAGUUCUGCUUCCCCUGCUCCCUGCCCCACUUCUUAAAUUCUUCCACGGACCGUCUGCACUGAGGACAGAGGGGUCACACGCUCAGUGACAGCAGCUGCUGGUGUCACAUAGCAUCUGUGUCACCUCCUGCUCUUGUUUUCCUGGGCACUUGUACUGUAGAUGGCAACGUACGGAGGUUGAUCUCACUGUACGUUGGUGCGUGUUUAUGAAAACAGAUGCAGAUCUUCGUACCUCAGUGUGGAAGAACCAUCGUAGGCCAACAUAAACCAGAAAGUCUGUCGAUACUGUUGUCUAUAAAUCUAGAAAAUGCAAAAAUCUACCUCUACUCUGUUCUCGCAGCUCCGUCAGUGAAGCCAGCUGCUGUCCCCCCUCGCAUUCCCAGUACACCCAGUAUACCCAGUGCAUAUUGCCUUCCACUGAGCCACUGACCCCACAGCGGGACGCCCGCCGUGCCUUGGUCAUUCACAAGCUUGUUCCCCCUCCGUUUUCCUCAAGAAUUUUGUUUUUAAUUUAGCUUAGUAAUUCUUCCCAGAAUGACUGUUUAGCGAUCCACUGAUUCUCCAGACCAUAGAUCAGUUGUUUUAGGUUAGCCAGCAAUGCUGCAAGUAAUACUUUUGUAUCAAAAUGUAAUAUAAGAUUUAUUUACCUCAGCAAUAUCCUGUGGCAAUGAUCCCCGAGUUAAAUGCAGUACUUUCUCUUCUCCGUCAGAGUUGCCUUGCGAAGCUCACGAGUGCCUUCUUGUUCUCUAACCCAGAAAAGGUAAAGGGAGCGUUUCAACUCAGCUCCUCUUUGCCACCAUCGAAUACCUCAGGCCUUUCUAUUGCUUUGCUCUUUGCAAAUUAAAGAGUUUUACACUGUUAUUGAUGAUAUGCAAGCCUUAUCCCUAUCUUCAGAGGAUUUUUUUUUUUGAGAAAUCAAUGCUCAGAACUGAUCACUUACAGCACGUGAGGAUUAUCAGACUUAUGCAAUGCCAUCGUCCACCCUCUGCUGCUGCAGAGCGUUCAGCUCUCUUGCUCUUUGCCUGCAUUGUACUCCAACCAGGUGUCAGCACUGGAAUUCCUUUAGCAGCAGUAGCUAAACUUAGAGCCAGGCAUCUUUUUCCUGCCAGUAGUCUGUCAAAGAAUAAAUGGAAUUCAUUUUGCUAUUA